GUCAUCAGACCUCUCGUCCGUACGCUAUCCCAUCUCCUCUUCUUGUCCUCUCUCUCGCUUCCACCCGCUAUGGAUACCCUCUUCAACAGCCCUACCUCCAUGGCCAAGCGCCCUUGUCCCUUCUCCUCCUCCUCCACCACCACUCCCUCCUCUUCAAUCCCUAGUAGGCAACCGAACAUGAACCACCAAGUGGACAAUCUCCUUCAAACAUUUCUAGGCCUCACGGACUCACCUUCCCUCUCUAUCGAUCUCUCCUUCGAACGUCUCCUCGAUUCCUUCCCUUCUGACGCCGACCAGUCCCUCUUAAUCGAUCGCGCACUCAAAUUGGGCUCGAUACUUCUGGAAGCUGGGAAACGCUCCGCCAGAAAACGGUCUUCCAGGCACAACUCGCUAACCUGGGCUCUACCUCCCGAUCUCACAAUCAAGGUAUUUUCGUUGCUUGAUAUGCAAAGUUUAUCCUAUGCUGCAGCAACUUGUUCAAUGUUCCAUAAAUGUGCCAUGGAUCCCUUGUGCUAUACCAAUAUUGACUUGACAACAGUAGUCCCAAAAGUCAAUAAUGCAGUUGUCUCCACAAUGAUCCAACGUGCUGGAAAAGCUCUUCAGUCCCUUAAGCUGGGUAUAGUCCCAGGUCCAACUGUGUCGCCUGGAUCUUGUCAGCCAUUAGUUUAUACCAUUAGGAAUUCUGUAGAUGUGUCUAACUUUUCAUGGAAUGACAAAAAGACCAGACAAGGGAAAGAAUCAUCUAUUCUCACUAGAUCCUGCCUAAACCCUCUGAGUGGGGAUGGUGGUGCUGCAGGGACUCUUUUGAGAAGUUUGCACCUUUACAAUAUUGAGAGAAUGGAUAACACCUCCCUUUGUGUGGCAUUGUCAGCCUGCCCUUCUCUCCUUGACCUUGAAAUUGUUGGCCUGCAUGUUGAGUUGAGGCAAACACUGGUGUCUGUGAGCACGAAUUGUCCCUUGGUAGAGCGUUUGUUUUUUGAGUCUUCAAAAACAGGAAGAGAUGAGAGUUUGAAAUCGACCACCUGUGUGGAUCUAGUGAAUAAUUGUCCAAACUUGAUCUCAUUGGCUCUUAGAGGCUUUAAGCUGCAUGAUUGUAAAGUUCGCAUACUUGUGAAGGGAUUCCGAAAACUGAAAUAUCUUGAUUUUUCAACAUCAUACUCGAUCACCGGAAAUUUUUUGAGGAACCUCGGAGGUAGCACAGGUGGAAAUCUUCUGGAGGUUCUAAUUUUACGAGAUUGCAUGCAUCUCAAAGAGGUUGAAGUUGCUCGUCUAUUGACGGAAGUUCUUGCAGGCGAUUUUAAGUCUCUUCGAUAUCUUGAUGUGUCUAACAGGGAAGGUUUAGCUUCUGAAGGUGACUGGUAUCAUAGAUGUUACAGUUCAAGUAUCAUACCUAUAAAGCAGGUAUUAGAAGCAAGAUCUGAUCUCUGUUUGCUAGCUGAAUUUCCACCGGAGGGAAGUUUUAUCGAUGUAGAACAAAUGCUUGACAGCGACCUAAAUAGUGAAAUCAGCCUGUCAUCACAACUGAGCAGUCCCACAUCAGAUGGUUCAUUGUUCAUGAUUACAUCAGAAAGCAGCUACAAUAGUGAUCAAAGUGGUGGCAAUGAGGAGAGUCAAGACAACCAUUUUGAGGAAAGUUCAGAUGAGGCCUAUUUUCUGGUUGUCUAGUUUAAAAUUUGAAGGCAGCAAGGUCUGGAAUUAAUGGCCAGCUAUGGAUUGGAUGAGGAUUUUGUUGAGAGCCAGCUGAAAGUGGACCAUGGUUGAUCAAUAGAUUUCUGGACAUUUUCUCGUGCAUGCCAUCUCAUCUCUCUCAGAGCUACAGUUGAUGCCUUUGGAUUUCCUGAAGGUAUGGAUAUUCGCAGGGUUGCUGACUGAGUUGAGGGCCUUAAACCUUGUGUGCUGAACGACUGUAAAAAGCCUCUGGGGAUUAUUCGCCCUUCCCACCCUCCCCCUCUAGUCUUGCCCCAUAUUCUCUCUCUCUCUCUCUCUCUCUCCCGCUCUCUUUUUUUUUUCAUACAUUCUUAUUCUUAGGGGUAAUUGAGGAUGCUUCUGGCUUCCUCCAGUGUAAUUUGGGUCUAGGAAAUUGGAUGAUAUGAGAUUUGUUAGUCAUCCAUUAUAAGUGAUAACAAUGGUGUAAAUUGGGGCAGAAUUACUCGGCAAGUAUGGAAAUAUUGGUAGGUCUCGCACUUCUCCUACAUGAGCCUUAGGCUUCUGAAUAUCACGUUGUCACCUUGGUAGAACUUGAAUCUGGAUACAGCAGCAGGCGACUAAAUUGGUAGACUUGAGUGAUGGUCUAUUGAAGCAUCAUCUUUCGGGUAACCUGUUGCUAGUCUCGUCUCUUGGUGGCCAUUAAAACAUAUGAUGAUGUUGGCCCAAGGUGGUGCUAGAGAACUAUUUUGUUUAGCAUCAGUCCCAACUCCCAAGCCUUGUUUGGACCACCGAUGUUUCCUGCUAUUUUAUUGAUGUUACAAUGCUGGUAAAUAACUGCAUACUCUGAUCAUAGGGAAAAAAAUGUGGAAACAAUGCAUGGUAGUAUCUUCCACGCUGAGAAAUUGAAGCUGACAUGAAUGUUUCUUGUAGUGGCCAACGUGUCUCCAUGGUGGUGUUGUUUUUGGAUCUUUAGCAUUGUUAAGGAAAUUGCUGUUUCUUGUUGCAUUUUCCGGUGGGAAAUAGUUUUCCAUUUAUUUUGAAGAAAAUGGUUAAAAAGGAAUACGAGAUUCAAUUACAAAUGCACAUUGUUUAAUAUAUUUGGAAAUGGGGACGUCGUGGGUACAUUUGAUCUC